GCUGACUGGGGGGAGAGCGGCUUCCUGGAGGCUCUUGGGUCCGCGCGAGGCGGCUGCAGGUGGGGACGUUACCCGCGGGCAGCCGGGAACGAGCGGGGCGGCCGGAAAGGAAGCGUGCCGGUCCACCAUGAUCCCCCUGGAGAAGCCCGGCAGCCGCGGCUCCCCCUCGGCCGCCGCCUCCGGGUCGGGCCGGGCGGACAGGAGUCUGGGCGCGCCGCGCCGGCCGCCGCCCCCACCUCAGGCCCGCGGGCUGCUGACGGAGAUCCGCACCGCCGUGCGCACCGAGCCCUUCCAGGACGGCUACAGCCUGAGCCCGGGCCGGGAGCUGGGCAGGGGGAAAUUUGCAGUGGUGAGGAAAUGCAUAAAGAAAGAUUCUGGAAAAGAAUUUGCAGCAAAGUUCAUGAGAAAAAGAAGAAAAGGUCAAGAUUGUCGGAUGGAAAUAAUUCAUGAGAUUGCUGUUCUUGAACUCGCACAGGACAAUCCUUGGGUCAUUAAUUUACAUGAAGUCUAUGAAACACCAUCAGAAAUGAUCUUAGUUCUCGAAUAUGCUGCAGGGGGUGAAAUCUUUGACCAGUGUGUUGCAGACAGAGAAGAAGCCUUUAAAGAAAAAGAUGUUCAAAGACUCAUGAGGCAGAUAUUAGAAGGUGUCCGCUUUUUACACGCUCAUGAUGUAGUUCAUCUCGAUUUGAAGCCUCAGAAUAUUCUGCUGACAAGUGCAUCUCCGCUAGGUGACAUUAAGAUAGUUGAUUUUGGUCUUUCAAGAAUAAUGAAGAACAGCGAAGAGCUCCGAGAAAUUAUGGGUACUCCUGAAUAUGUGGCUCCCGAAAUUCUUAGUUACGAUCCUAUCAGCAUGGCGACGGAUAUGUGGAGCAUCGGAGUGUUAACAUAUGUCAUGCUCACAGGAGUCUCACCUUUCUUAGGUGAUAAUAAACAAGAAACAUUCCUAAACAUCUCUCAAAUGAGUCUAAGUUAUUCUGAGGAAGAAUUUGAUGUCGUGUCUGAGUCUGCUAUUGACUUCAUCAAGGCACUUUUAGUUAAGAAACCUGAAGAUCGAGCCACAGCCGAAGAAUGUCUAAAGCAUCCGUGGUUGACGGAGAGCAGUGUUCACGAUCCUUCUUUCAAGGUGAAAGGGGCAUUAGAAGCAGCAAAUGCGCUCCAAGAAGGUGAUGCUGUGCCUGAAAUUAAUUCAGAUACUCAGAAACCGGAAACCGAGGAAUCAGGUGCAACAGAGGAGUUAAUUGUAUUUACUUCAUAUACUUUAGGACAAUGCAGACAGUCUGAAAAAGAGAAAAUGGAGCAAAAGGCCAUUUCCAAACGAUUUAAGUUUGAGGAACCUUUGCUACAAGAAAUUCCAGGAGAAUUUAUCUACUGAGCAGUACUUCCCUUUAAAACUUUAA